UUAGAUCCUAUAGCUUAUUAGAUUUUGCGAACGAAGUGCUAUUAGACAAAUAAGUCGAUUGAGUGCAAUUUCUGUUCCAAUGCCUGUAUCAAUCGGACUUCGUGCUGUGUCUUCAGCGGUUCUAGCAAACGCAGUGGCGGCAGCAGGAGCUUACGGACCCAACGAAUUGGAAUGCGGUGACGAUUACAUUCUGCCGUACUAUCAACAUCAUCACCAGAAUCCCCUGUAUCACUAUUCUACGACACCAAUAUCUUCAUUUUCGCAAUACGCUCCGAUUACAGAACGCCCACGGGAAGAGUCAUCUCUUCUCAAUUUCUCCGGAAGCGACGAAGGCAGUGGUUGUGAAGUUACAACUCCCGUAUCUACCGUAAAUUCGACGUCUGCGGAAAGAAAAAAGAGCGAUUCAACUUUUCACAACCGUGCCAAUAGCCCCGGCUCUCUCCAACAACAUUCGGAAGAAGAAACGGGCCUGAAAAAGAAUUCCUCUACUGGCGAUCUAAAUGCAAUUUCAACAGGUACGGGAGAUUCGAUUGGUAACAUGAUGGAACAGCCUUCAACCAUCCAAUCUAUGACAGGUCCGUCUCCAGAUUUUACUCAACAUUCAACCAUGUUCAAUGAAGUUCAUAGAAAUGCAGAAUCAAUUUACCACCGAUCACAAACUCACUCGAACUCUUUUAACACUUCUUUAACAAGAUCAGCUUUUGGGAACGUCAAUCCUUCGGUACCAGAAGGAAUAUACACAAACGACGGAGCACCGUCCGUAUCUUUACACAAGCCCGCGUUUGGUAUGCAUCCCAAUGUGUCCGGCGACGGUCCUAGCCUGAGUUACGCAACUCUAACACCUCUUCAGCCGCUAACUCAAAUUCCAAACCCAGCUGACAAGUAUGGUUCGGUGCCGUCAAAUGCGUUUGUAUCACAAGAUAUGUCAGGCCUCGGGGAUCUUAGCGGUAACUAUCAAAAGAUGACGGGCAUGGGACAGAGUCUACCACCGUUGUCAAAUCAUAUGCUACUCAAUGGACUAAAUGUACAACACAGCUUGCAACCACCAGUUGUGGGGUCUGCGGCAGACACAGAAAACGCAGCAAUGGGAAUUCCACAAUACGCAAGAUCACCGACAAAUUUCCAUCAUCCACCCAAUCCAUAUGAAACUCACAUGCUAGACACAUUGGAAGCAUUUCCGAGUGCGCCACUCCCCACUUCAGUGUUUUCGGCAAGACCCAACGGAUUUGGGCAUAAUUUUCAUUCAAGUCGAUCUUCUGGAAUGUCACACUCGCGCGAAAAUAAAGCACCCGUGGGAGCUGAAAGAGUAACACCCGUCAAUCUUAAUGGUGGCAACAACCAACAUCAGCAACCUUCUGAAGAAGUAAACACCAAAGAUGUCGCAGCCAAAAUUACACAAGAAUUAAAGCGUUACAGCAUUCCACAAGCAAUAUUUGCACAGCGUGUUUUAUGUCGAAGUCAAGGAACCCUUUCGGACCUUCUGCGAAAUCCCAAACCUUGGUCAAAACUGAAGAGUGGGCGUGAAACGUUUCGAAGAAUGUGGAAAUGGCUGCAAGAACCUGAAUUUCAAAGAAUGUCCGCCUUGCGUUUAGCAGGUAGGGAAGCUUGUAAAAGAAAAGAGGACGAAAAAGAAUACGAAAAAACAGCCAACGGCCAGAAGAAACCCAGACUUGUUUUUACCGAUCUUCAGCGAAGAACUUUACAUGCGAUAUUCAAACAAAACAAGCGACCUUCCAAAGAAACCCAGGUGCAAAUUGCACAACAACUAGGAUUGGAGGUAACCACUGUGAGUAAUUUCUUUAUGAACGCUAGAAGAAGAAGCAUCGACAAAUGGCAAGACGAGGAAUCGGCAUCCGCACGCAACAACGCAUAUCUGAAGCAAGCGCAGCAAGCACUUUCUCAGCAACAUAUGAGUGACUUGCGCCAUCCAGUGGUGCAUCGGCCGCACCCCCAACAGACUCACGCAGCGCUUAUGAACCAAGCAGGACUAUCGGGAAUUUCAUCACUUCAGACACAAAGCAUGGCACGUCGUUAAAUUAGUUCAUUGUUCAAGAUAUGAAACUACGCGAUGUAAAUCACAAUAUAUUGACGAAACUCUUACACAAAAAAACGAUGGAUAUGUGGUUGCAUAUGCCAGUCAUUUCAUUUAAUCUCUAAUUUUUGAUGUUGAAGUAAGAGAAAUGGGAGUGUACCGAAUAUACAACACGACAAUCUCUUUUCACUUGCAAUAGUAGUGAGGUAAAGUUUAAAAAAAAUGUUAUGUCAUAACAUAAUCUUUCAUUUCCUACAUCAUUUAAAAACUUUUCGGUUGUAUGAUAUGUGUAUAUUUCCGCACAGUAUUUGUCAUCGAGGUUGUAGUAGUGACCAAUGCAAACGUUGCAUGCAGGUCCAGCGACCAUACAUUUGCACCAAAUAUUCAUACCAAAGACAGAUAUCCCUUGCAUGUGGAUUUCUAAAAAUGUUGUUAAUAUUUUUUUAUUGUUAUUAUUUUAUUAUUAAUUAAUAUUAUUACUAUGAUUAAAAUUUUUCAUUAUGCUGUUGCCAUUAUGCUAUAUUUAUAAGUGGACAUAAAAUUCAUUACAAUUCUUUUUAUUUUUUCCUAAUAUAUUAAAUGAUAUUAACUGCUUAAAAUUGGAGGUUGAAGUUUCGUCGUUUGCUAGCACGAAUCAUACAUACUCGUAUUUUACGUUUGUGAAUUUGUGACGUCGCAUCAUCAACUUCGAAAAUUCUCCUAGAUGUCCGUAAAUUAUUCGUUUGUGUGUUUUGUGCGUGUGUCAAUUUGCAUCGCACGUACUUUUUCCCUUUACCUCUUGUUUUUUCCUCCUCGUCGCGAUUCGUUCUGAUACCAAAGACAGUCUACCUCAAGAAUGGCGAACGCGAGCUUUUCAGCUUCCAUGAAAAUCAAAGCCCACGAGCGGCGUAUUUGAUUCAUUUUGUCGGUUACAUAUAUAAGCCUGCUUGGCCGAAUCAGUCAAAAAGAAAUCAUGAGCAUCUGUUUGCUCCUAAAUGUUUAGACUUUUUUACUUCUGCCGCGUUUGCCAAUCACGACACCAAAGAUUAUGUUUAACCCUAUUUAUUGGUCAGCGAGUGCUUUCUUGGUACUCUUUUGGGGCCGAAACAAUGCAGAGUUCCUUUAUUGACAUGUUCUUGUUGCGACGCCAUUAUAACACAAACAAACAUUGGUGUGCUUCUAUUUCUUUUUUUACUAUGAUAUUGUUUUAUUUUACUGUAAAUGUUCAACUUCUCACAAUUCCCAUUUUUUGUUUAUUCUUUCAAGCAUUAUACUGUUAUUAUCACAUAUUGCGUUUGGACACUGUGGUAAUAUAUAAAUAUAUACGGCACGGCAAA